AUGUUUCAGACCCUCGUUCGCAAAGCUACAUCAGCAUAUCGUCCACUACCUGCACAUCAGUCGGGGGAACCUGGGGUGAAAUAUGCGGGCAAGAUGGUUAAUGAAACUCAACUCAACUGCUUCUAUAUUUCACCCGGAGACCACACUAGUCCUACUAAUGGUUUUGCCCCAUGA